GCUUCGCUCGCUCCCUCCCCUCCCCGUGCCCCCUCGCCUCGCCCGGCGGGGCCGCGCUGCAGCCACGGACCGGAGAAACGUGAAGAACUGAAUGUCAUCAUGUCGGGCAUCAAGCGAACAAUCAAAGAAACCGACCCUGAUUACGAGGAUGUAUCUGUGGCCCUUCCAAAUAAGCGGCAUAAAGCAAUUGAGAAUUCAGCUCGAGAUGCUGCUGUGCAGAAGAUUGAGACUAUUAUCAAGGAGCAGUUUGCUCUUGAAAUGAAGAAUAAGGAACAUGAAAUUGAAGUCAUUGACCAGCGACUGAUUGAAGCAAGAAGGAUGAUGGAUAAACUUCGUGCCUGCAUUGUAGCAAACUAUUAUGCUUCUGCAGGUCUUCUGAAAGUUUCUGAGGGAUCAAAGACAUGUGAUCCAAUGGUUUUUAAUCAUCCUGCUAUCAAGAAAUUUUUGGAAUCGCCAUCUAGAUCGUCAUCUCCUACCAAUCAGAGAUCAGAAACACCCUCAGCUAAUCAUUCAGAAAGUGAUUCUUUAUCUCAGCACAAUGACUUCUUAUCUGACAAAGAUAAUAACAGCAAUAUGGAUAUGGAAGAAAGAGUCUCAAACAACAUGGAACAGAGAUCAAGCCGAAAUACUGGAAGGGAUACUUCUGGUGUUACUGGCUCUCAUAAAACAGAACAGCGGAAUACUGAUCUCACAGGAGAUGAGACUUCACGACUUUUUGUAAAGAAAACAAUAGUAGUGGGCAAUGUGUCCAAGUAUAUACCUCCAGAUAAAAGGGAAGAAAAUGACCAGUCAACCCAUAAGUGGAUGGUAUAUGUUCGAGGGUCUCGUAGAGAACCCAGCAUUAAUCAUUUUGUCAAGAAAGUUUGGUUCUUCCUUCAUCCCAGCUAUAAACCAAAUGACCUUGUGGAAGUUAGAGAGCCUCCUUUUCAUCUGACCAGAAGAGGCUGGGGUGAGUUUCCUGUCAGAGUUCAAGUUCACUUUAAGGACAGCCAGAACAAGCGGAUAGAUAUCAUACAUAAUCUGAAGCUGGAUAGAACGUACACUGGCCUGCAGACACUUGGAGCAGAGACGGUAGUGGACGUUGAACUCCAUCGGCAUUCUCUUGGAGAAGACUGCGUUUACCCCCAGUCCUCCGAGUCGGACAUCUCCGAUGCCCCUCCAUCUUUGCCUUUGACCAUUCCAGCCCCAGUAAAAGCUUCUUCACCAAUAAAGCAGUCCCUCGAGCCAGUAACCGAUACCUCUGUGGAGAAAGGAUUCCCAUCCAACACUGAAGCUGAGAGACACACUACAUUUUAUUCUUUGCCAUCUUCAUUGGAAAGAACACCCACCAAAGUGACAUCCCAGAAAAUUACCUUUUGUUCUCAUGGCAAUUCAGCUUUCCAGCCAAUAGCAUCAAGCUGCAAAAUUGUGCCACAAAGUCAGGUUCCUAAUCCUGAGUCACCUGGAAAAUCCUUCCAGCCCAUCACCAUGAGCUGCAAGAUUGUCUCAGGUUCUCCAAUAUCAACGCCAAGUCCAUCACCAUUGCCUCGAACCCCAACCUCCACACCAGUCCAUGUGAAGCAAGGCCCUGCCAGCUCUGUUAUAAAUAAUCCUUACGUUAUCAUGGAUAAGCCUGGGCAGGUGAUUGGAGCCUCUACUCCUAGUACAGGAAGUCCUACAAACAAGCUCCCCACAGCUUCUCAGGUCUCCCAAGGAACAGGUUCCCCUGUUCCUAAAAUUCAUGGAAGUAGUUUUGUAACAUCUACAGUCAAGCAAGAGGAUUCUUUAUUCGCAUCUAUGCCACCUCUUUGCCCAAUUGGGAGUCACCCUAAGGUUCAGAGCCCCAAACCUAUUACUGGAGGACUUGGAGCUUUCACAAAAGUGAUCAUCAAACAGGAACCUGGUGAAGCCCCUCAUGUGCCCACAACAGGAGCUUCGAGCCAGUCGCCACUUCCUCAGUAUGUGACUGUGAAAGGGGGUCACAUGAUAGCUGUGUCGCCCCAAAAACAAGUCAUUACUGCUGGAGAAGGGACUACUCAGUCACCAAAGAUUCAACCCUCCAAGGUUGUUGGGGUGCCGGUAGGGUCUGCCUUACCUUCAGCAGUGAAGCAGGCUGUGGCAAUCAGUGGUGGCCAGAUCCUUGUAGCCAAGGCCAGCUCUUCUGUCGCCAAAGCAGUUGGUCCAAAGCAAGUUGUGACCCAAGGAGUUGCCAAAGCAAUUGUGAGUGGAGGUGGAGGAACCAUUGUUGCUCAGCCAGUCCAGACUUUAACCAAGGCUCAGGUCACUGCCGCUGGCCCUCCGAAGAGUGGAUCCCAGGGCUCAGUGAUGGCAACAUUGCAGCUACCAGCCACUAAUUUGGCCAACCUGGCAAAUUUGCCUCCAGGCACUAAACUGUACCUUACCACGAACAGCAAGAACCCUUCAGGGAAAGGAAAACUGCUGCUGAUCCCUCAAGGAGCCAUCCUGCGAGCUACCAACAGUGCUAACCUCCAGUCGGGGUCAGCCGCUGCUGGUAGUGGCGCUGCAGGAGGAAGUGGAGGUGGAGGCAGCAGUGGCAGUGCUGGAGGCAGUGGCAGUGGAGGAACAGGAGGAUCCCAGGGCACCACUGGCCCUGGAGGGAUCUCCCAGCACCUGACUUACACAUCCUACAUCCUCAAGCAAACUCCCCAGGGCACAUUUUUGGUCGGCCAGCCAUCACCUCAGACAUCGGGAAAACAACUGACUACUGGGUCAGUGGUCCAGGGAACACUGGGAGUCAGCACAUCUUCUGCGCAGGGACAGCAGACCUUAAAAGUUAUCUCUGGACAGAAAACCACUUUGUUUACACAGGCAGCAGCUGGGGGACAGGCAUCUCUAAUGAAAAUAUCUGAUAGCACCUUGAAGUCUGUGCCAGCCACUUCACAACUCUCAAAGCCUGGAACCACAAUGCUGAGGGUAGCAGGAGGAGUUAUCACAACUGCUACUUCCCCUGCUGUGACCCUCUCAGCCAAUGGUCCUGCACAACAGUCUGAAGGAGCAGUCCCUGGCUCAUCCUCUACCCUUGGUUCUGUAAUGAAAACUACUGGGCAGCCGCAAGUGUGUGUGAGCCAGGCCGCCGUGGGAACCUGCAAGGCUGCAGCUCCCACUGUCGUCAGUGCCACCUCCCUGGUGUCCACACCAAACCCCAUCUCAGGGAAAGCCACAGUAUCAGGAUUGUUAAAGAUUCACUCCAGUCAGUCCAAUCCCCAGCAGGCUGUCCUCACGAUUCCCAGCCAGCUUAAACCACUCAGCGUAAACACCUCUGGAGGUGUGCAGACCAUACUUAUGCCUGUGAAUAAAGUGGUUCAAUCAUUUUCUACCAGCAAAUCGCCUACCAUUCUGCCUAUAGCUGCCCCAACUCCAGCUGUCCCCAGCUCUGCUCCAGCAGCUGUUACAAAAGUGAAGACUGAACCAGAGACUCCCGGGCCAAGCUGCCUCUCUCAGGAGGGUCAGACAGCAGUGAAAACGGAAGAAAGUUCUGAACUGGGAAACUAUGUCAUUAAGAUAGACCAUUUGGAGACUAUCCAGCAACUGUUAACAGCGGUAGUGAAGAAGAUUCCAUUAAUUACUGCAAAAAGUGAAGAUGCCAGCUGCUUCUCUGCCAAGUCUGUGGAGCAGUAUUAUGGCUGGAACAUUGGGAAAAGAAGAGCCGCUGAGUGGCAAAGAGCAAUGACAAUGCGAAAAGUCUUACAGGAGAUACUGGAGAAGAAUCCAAGAUUUCACCACCUCACUCCCCUUAAAACCAAGCACAUCGCUCACUGGUGCCGCUGCCAUGGCUACACCCCUCCAGAUCCCGAGAGCCUGAGAAACGAUGGGGACUCCAUUGAGGAUGUGCUGACCCAGAUUGAUAGCGAACCAGAGUGCCCGUCAUCUUUCUCCUCUGCUGACAACCUCUGCCGGAAACUGGAGGACCUGCAGCAGUUUCAGAAGAGAGAACCAGAGAACGAGGAGGAGGUGGACAUCCUCAACCUCCCAGAGCCAUUAAAGAUAAACAUCAAAAAGGAGCAGGAAGAGAAACAAGAAGAAAUGAAAUUCUACCUGCCACCAACUCCAGGGUCUGAAUUUGUUGGUGAAGUCACACAGAAGAUUGGGAUCACCCUGCAGCCUGUGGCAUUGCACAAGAAUGUGUAUGCGUCCGUCAUAGAAGACAUGAUCUUAAAGGCCACAGAACAGCUGGUGAAUGAUAUCUUGAGACAGGCCCUGGCCGUUGGAUACCAGACAGCAUCGCACAACAGGAUUCCCAAAGAAAUUACAGUGAGCAACAUUCACCAGGCCAUUUGCAGCAUUCCUUUCCUGGACUUCCUCACCAACAAGCACAUGGGCGUCUCAAACGAGGAUCAGUGAGCACAGUGACGCUGCCGCUAGCAGAGCAGGACUUGAAAAUGGAGCUGAAGUGCGCGACUGUGGCGACUCUCCUGUUCAGGAAAGGAGGUUGUUUUCUGUGUGCCUGAAAUAUCAUGGCUACCAAACCAUUGCCUCUGCCCGAACGUGACACCAGAGCAUUGGGUUCCAGGUGGAGCCCUUUUAGGACAGAAGUCUGUUCCCUGAAUCUGGAGAGAAGCCGAGCUGGAUGGGUGUUUUGUCACCUUGGGUUUCCUCACCCUCUCUACCAGCUCCAGGAGGCCUCUGAGAGCACCAGGCCCUCCCUUCCUUUUGUGUUCCUGGGGGCACCUUGGGCCUGAUCCCCAGGAGAAGGGAAACAAGUCUGGCAGGCCCGAGGUUACCCCCUCUAUGAGCUGGGGUCAUCCUGAGAAGGGAUUGUGUUUCACUCUCAGUGAGUGGUUUUCUGUUCCUGCCUGGCCAUGGUGUGAGGAGGGCCUGCACUCAUAGACCAGAUGAGUCAGCUAUAGGAAGAAGUGGCGCCUUACAGAAGCCACAGAGGCCUGGACUGUAGACUGGGCAGGAUCCUUUACUGUGGAGCACAGGAACAUCACUGCAGCACAAUGUCAAGGAAUGGAUGGGUCCCAGCGGGGUUCCAGAGAAGGUUUGACUGGGAAUCUCUUAGUGUGUUACAGUAGACAACAUCCACAACCCUGGGUCCCUGGCAUGAGUGUACCAAUUUGUCAUAUGUUUGCCAGGCAGAUCUGGGGUCUACACAGGAGCUCAGAUGUCAAGUGGCCAGGGAGCAGCCCCUGGACAGGUUCUGCUGGGAUUGUUGUCCUAAUGAUGAACCUAUUGUCCUGUUCUUCUCAGUCAAGGAAUUUUCCCCAAGAAGAGAAGGGUUCAAAAGAAAUACCUGUGAGUGCCUUAAAGUUGGAAAAAUAACUGCUCAGGCCCAGUUCCAGGGAUGCCAGUGCUCAGAAGCAGAGAGAGUGACUUGUAUCCAUCAGGGAAGGAUACAACUUGUAUCCAUCCUCCUCAGUGGGAAGGAAGAGCAGACAGGAGAAGGAAGCGUGGCAGUGCCACUGCCAGGUAUCCAGCCCACUGAAGGGAUCCACUCCAGGGUUACUAACGCGGUCUGUGUGGAGGGCAAAGGAAAGAACUUAAUUCUCAGUUAGAAACCUGCUCUUACUCUAUUCAAAGAAAAUCUGAAACCUCUGAGUCAAAGAAACUUAUCCAAGCAAUGUAAUUCAUAUUUUCAUGGGUCUCACAGAUAUUUGUGUCAGGAAAAGAAAGCAGGGUGGUGGCUGAAUAAAAUCUGCCUUUCUAAAUUCAGCAUCUGAGAGUUGCAAAUGCAAAAGGAAAUCCACUCAGCAGGGCAAAGGGCAUGCCUUUAAAAAUGUAGUUGAGUACAUUAGGCCCAGAUGCAUUCAGCAAGUAGAUUGCUAGUGAGACCUGUGGGUGUGUUCUCUUCCCGGUGGGAAGAGAUCCAUUUAUUACAGAUAUGAAAGCCUAAGGAAAUUUCUUUUUGCAAAAGAAGUAUUAAAUGAUUUAAUAGUCUCGUGUGUUAAAUGUAUUUGUAUCAUAAUGUGUAACACCAUUGUAUAACAAAAAUGUCUACAAUAAAUCUUUUAGUAUUUAU